UGUAGAAUCAUGGUAAUGGAAAAUGUCAACAAACCUCAGCUAUGGAACAUCUUCAAUCAAGUUACUAUGCAGUCUCAGGAUGUCCGUCACCAUCGCUUUUGUCUCCGCUUAAUGCUGAAAAAUCCUGAUAAUCACGCGUUGUGCGUCCUAAACGGGCAUAAUGCCUUUGUGUCAGGCAGUUUCAAGCACGCUCUUGGACAGUAUGUGCAAGCCUUUCGUGCAAAACCGGAUGAACCGCUGUACAGUCUUUGUAUUGGCUUGACUUUCAUCCACAUGGCAUCUCAGAAAUACGUGUUGAAAAGGCAUGCUCUUCUAGUACAGGGCUUCUCCUUCCUUCAUCGGUACCUGGACCUGCGUGGAGCAUGUCAGGAGUCUUUCUACAACCUCGGCCGUGGCCUCCACCAGCUGGGAUUACUGCACCUGGCCAUCCACUAUUACCAGCGAGUACUUGAACUUCCUCCUCUCACCCUAGAGGGAAUAGAAACUGAUCAGACAGACUUGAGAAGAGACACUGCCUUCAACCUGUCACUCAUUUAUCAGAGCAGUGGAAAUACAAGGAUGGCGCAGAAGAUGUUGUAUACCUACGCAGUGGUAUGAUGAGGUUUGUGACAGGUGGAAUUGACUCUUUGUGUUAACCUUUGUGUUCCGCAGUGCUGGGGAAACCGGUUUUAU